AUGUCUUUUCAAUACUAUUGCAGCCGUCAAGAACCUCGUAUCAUUGCAGUAGAGCGGUUAACAAUCAAAGAGCGCUUAUCGCGAUUGUUUACACCCCAUCAUCAUAAGGAACACCCCAUCUUUUUCGAAGAGCCCAUCUAUCAUCCAACAACAACAAUAUCAUCAUGUGCACGUUCACAAAGCACUAUUUCCGAGAACACGCUGUUGACCCCCGUUACUAGUCACUUUGAUACCUUUUAUGAUGACGACAGUUUCAGCGAAGCGUCGUUUGAGGAAGAAGAAGAUGACGAUGAGAUCAGCAGCAGCGAUGAAGAGCCUAUGGUGCCCUCCUCUCAAGAGCAACAGCAUCAAGUGGCCUUGUCAGUAGUCAUUCUGCCAGCAGCGGUGGCGGCUGCAACAGCUGCGCGUACACGACGAUAUCAAGCUCGUGCUAGAAAAGCAGCACGUAACAACGAUGUACCCUUCAUACUUUAG